UAGUGAGAUUGGAUUGUUGCAUAUUGGUUCGUUGCUGGCAUUGUUAUCGUCGCAAAAGGUCAAUCAGAUACGACAUCUAACAACAGAACUAGCUUGCUUUCGAAAACCAGCAUGUGCUGCUGAUUAAAACCACGUCACGACUACUCACAGGUAGAUUUUGAAUCCGUUCAAUUGUCCGAUACGGAAGGACUCAUUGUUGAUUGCUUGGGGGGUAUCAUCUAUUAUCGGUCGCCAUGAACGAAGACAUUGGCGAGGCACUAGCCAGAGCCAAGUGGAACGAAUCAGUUCUCGUGAACAUCGACGAUGGAUCGGGUGGAGCAUCGUCGAUGCUCCUCGUUCCGAAGCUCGAUCGCGAAAACGGGGGGAUCCGAUGGGAAGACGCAAUGGCCGGAGCCGGGGCAUCACCGGCCACUGCUGCUGCCAUUGCGAUGGAACACCACAUCCUCACCAAGAUAUGGAUGUUUCCCAUGCUCAACGACGAGCGAAGAAAUGCCAUGUACGAAACCGCAAUCCAACGGGCCUCGGAAGACGUGGUAGCAGCAGAAAGGCAACGGCAAAAACAACAACAAUCAAUCGACAAUAUCGGUGGCAACGGCAAUGGAGAGAAUAAUCACCGCCUCGGAACCCUCGAUAUUGGGUCCGGGACUGGUUUACUCGCACUCCUAUCUUCCAAGUAUCUGAGGGAAGCAUGGACGUCUUCAACUGCUGCGGCAGAUGCAACCGAAACGCCAAAUGCGAUGGAGUUUGCGGUAACUUCGCUCGAGAUGGCGGGGCCGAUGGCCGACGUGGCCAAGAAAACGGUAGCCCUGGAGAAGGAAUUUAGGUCACACGAAGAGGGAAAAGAGGAAGUAUCAAAGGCGAGAGCGAUCGCAACCGCGGAAGUGACCGUCAUCGAGGGGCAUUCGGGGCAGCACCCACCCAUGAGGGGCAGAAACGGCGGCGGAGGAGGAGGAGAUGAUCCCCCACCCGUGCGUCUGUGCACCUCGGAACUUCUCGAAAGCGGGCUGCUCGGAGAGGGGUGGCUCCCGGCCAUGCGGGAUGCCUGGGAUCGGCACCUCCUGGAGGGGGCAGUCGUCCUCCCCGCGGGGGCAAGGGUGUACGCCCGGCUGGUUUCGGGGAUCUCCGGCUUUGUGGGGCCCCACUCGUGUCUCGCCGUCGGGGGGGAGGGCACGGAACCGGAAGCUCCAGCUCCCAAUCCAUUGCCUCUGUCACGCAACCUGCGGUUGUUUACUACCGCUGCUGGUGAAGGCGAAGGCGAUGGGGAGGGCAAGCCGAGUCCCGAGGCGAUGGGGAUGUUGUCGGACGGAAGCUACGAUCCGAUCAGCGGACAAAAACACGGAGUCCAGGUAGAGAUCCAUGCCGAUCGAUACCUAGCAACCGGAAGUGGCAGGGGGAAUGCUUGCGGGAGUGGUUCCAUAAUACGGCCUCUGUCCGAUCCCAUCGAGUCGCUGGACUUAGAUGUCACGAGCCCGGACUCCAUUCCGAGCCCCGAUCCCUCGAGUCGGUCUCCCCGUCGCCUGCGUUUCGUGGCGACCGACACGGGACGGGCCGAGGGCGUUUUGUUCUGGUGGGAAUUGGAUCUCUACAAGGCGAGUGAGAGUAAGAGCCAUCCAAAUCUAACGUAUACCACGCAUCCGGGGAGCGAUUUCCAGGAUCAUUGGCACCAAUGUCUCUACGUCUUUCCCAAGGGUGGUCCUUCUUCUCUCGAGGUGGAAAGGGGGAAAGAGUACACCCUCCUGGCAUCGCACACCGACUCACGGGUUCAUUUCUCUCUUCGUGGCGAUACUGUCGACCGUAGCGAUGGUAGCAACGACAGCAAACGGCCCAGACCAACCAUUCCCACCGAAACCGUUCCCGUCGUGACCCCCCGCCGGUGCUGGCAGCUGAACGAUGCGGAUCGAUCGGCAAAAUUUCGGGACGGGAUAAGGGUGGCGCUGCAAAAUCUGCGGGAAAAGCAAAGCUCCACGGGCGUGGUCCUAGACGUUUCGGACUUUUCCCUCUGCGGGAUCCUGGCGUCGCUGCUGCGAGCUGGGAGCGUCACGUCUGUCGAAUCCGGUUCCUCGGGGCUGCCCCUCGCGGCCGCUAGGGUGGCGCAGAUCGGGAAUAGCCUGCCCCUAGACGGCAGCCAUCGGUUCCAGAUCGUGCGGUGCCACGCCGAAUCUCUGACCGAAGAGGUCUUCAAAACCGGGGGAGACGGCGACGGCGAAGACCAAAACCACCCAGACCCGGGAGAGGAUAAUGGGGUGGUGAAUCUGGUGGUCGGCGAACCCUAUUACGAGAUGCUCGAGGGAUGGCCGAUCGAGACCGCUCUAAAUUAUUUCUAUACGAUCCGCAUGCUCAAGAGAAAGAAGAUUGUGCGCCACGAUGCUCUGUGCGUCCCGGCCCGGGCCGUUGUACUGGCCUGUGGAAUCCAGUGCGAAGACAUAGGCAGGUCCUACCGCAAAGACCUGGGUGCUCCCGAAGGAAAACCCAAGCACGGAAAAGAAGCGGAGCCGCGUGCCACGGUGGUCCCCCACAUCGGUGGAUUCGACCACCAGCCGAUAGUGGACUGCUGGAGCUACGAUCGCCACGGCAUACCCCUUCCCCUCUGGGAAUACAACGGGGUCGUCCAAGUGACGGAAGUGGUGGAACUCGGGGUCCUCGACUACGAAACCGAUUCGUUCUUGGACGGACCGUGGGCCACUGCCGCUGGAGAUACCGAUCGGGGAAGCAACCCCCGGGAGAUGGUCCAGGCCCGGUUCUCGAAACCGAGCGGAACCUGCCACGCGAUCGCCUUUUGGGUGGACUACGAGAUACGGAUGGACGACCGCGUCAACGACGAUCGCAAUGACGACGGCAGUGGCGUCGCCAGCCGCUCCCCUCCGUUCGCUACCGUCUCGACGGGGUUUGACCCGGACGGCCCGAAAGGGUCCUCCUGCGCGUGCGCCGAGCGGCAAAUUGUGCGGAUCCUCUCGCCACCGUUGCCCGUGGAGGAGGGGGGUUCGCUCCCCAUUCCCCUCCACGACCUCGGGACCUGACCGACGGGGUAUGCAAGCCACACAUUGCAUCGCGUCGCCACACGGCCGGGUGCCGCGACGGGGAACGGCGAGCAGGGAGCGUUCCUGGAUUCUUGCUGCGAGCUACACUAGAAUAUUGCACAAUGUACAAAAAUGCAGAAACUAUCUGUUUCUCUGCGCUCUACUAGUAACUAGAAGUACUCAAUAGAUUGAAAAGCCGAAC